CACAUGUUUCAGAAUAAAUGGAAAUCUGAAUUUAGUAAAAAUUAAUUUAAUUGAAUUAAAUUAUCUUGGCCUAAAAAAGAAAUGGAUCCCAAUUUGCGCAACCUAAAAGACUUUCUCACAUUAUACAACAAAGUUACGGAAUUGUGUUUUAGCCGCUGUGUUGAUACACUUGGUGAAAGGGAGUUGGGUAAGGAAGAGGAAACCUGCGUUGACAGAUGUGUUACAAAAUUUGCACGUUUCAAUCAAAAUAUGAUGAAAGUCUAUGUAGAUGUUCAGACAACGAUUAACAAUAAGCGCAUGGAAGAACUGGAGGAGAAUGCGAAAAAGCUAGAGCAACAACAACAGGAAGAGCGUCAGAAGGAGUUGCAAAAACAACAAGAAUUAGCUGCAACCUCUGUUUUAACACCUGCCCCAUCUGUGGGUCUGCCUAUGUAGCAGAAUCAGGAACUACUGCAGUCCAAUGCGUAUGUUAUGCCACAAGCGCAACUAUUGUUCUCGCUGCUGGACAGUUAAUUAGUUAAAAUAUCAUACCCAUACACACA